AUGACGAACACUGUGAAGCUAAUCAACACGCUGAUCGGACAAAGUGGUAAGGAUGUCAAAGCAUUAACACAUUACAAAAUGUGUUUGAAAGAAUUUGUUAAUGAUGGGGGUGCUCUUUUUGUGCUUGGGAACGUAGAAAGAGUUUUGAAUGAAGGAAAUUAUCAUCUUAUGAGUGUUGGAGCUAAUGAUAUAAUGCAAGACAUUAGAAAUUGUAUUUAUGAUACUAGUUAUCAUGAUACUUCUUCCCUUCCAAGUUAUGGUGAAGUUGCCUUGCAAAUUGAUCAAAUUAUUCAAAUUAUAGCAGGAUUAUUUACUGCUUAA